ACAACUUGUUUUGUUUACCUGUAAACGGUUGCGCUUCCUCGCUCGAUUAAAAACGUAAUAGCAUACGGUUGUGCCAGGAAAAACCUUGCAUAAUGGCGACUGGAACUGCAGAAGAAGUAGAAGCAAAGGCAAGAAGACAGAGGCAAGACACCCAGUUCCGCCUGUCAUUGUUUGUAAUAGCUCUAAUUUCAUUGUCAUGGUUUCUGGGAGCAUUUGGCUUCUCGUAUCUAUGGUGUUUCUUCUUAAUACCUUUGUGUUUCACGGUUUGGUAUCGCAAAAAUACGAAAAUAAUUGACGAAAGAGUCCGUGAAGCAGAACUUUAUGUGCAUCGGAAAAAAGCUCUUAGAAACGAGGAGUCUACGGAGUGGCUCAAUUUUAUCUUAAAUCGAUGGUGGAAUUUCAGUGAAACUUCAUUAUGCCAGCUCAUUCGUGCAAGCCUCAAUCCCGUCCUAGACUACAGCAGGCCCUCGUUUAUAGAAAGCAUGGAAUUGAUUGAGUUCACAUUCGGUAAGAAGACUCCCUUUCUUAAGCAUGUCAAAGUAUUCGAGAACAUUGAUGAGGGUGACUCACCCAAUAUGCCAGCAACAGACCAGAACAUCUUCAAACCACCAGACGACAUGCAGAAACGGCAACGCCACUUGCUUGUGUUGAACAUGGACUUGUGUCUUCAGGCGCCUGACACUAAAAUUGUUAUUAACGUGCGACUUGGCGGGAAAAUGCUCGGAGCGGAUGUUGAUGUCAGCUUGGAGGAUGUAAAUCUAUCUGGCCGAGCGCAGAUUGUAUUCGAGAUGGAUCACAUGAUUCCCUUCCCGCACAUGAAAAGUGUCGCUGUGACGUUCCUGGAAAAACCUGAAGUCAGCUUUGAUGUGUGUAUGAUGCGUGCUGUACAAGUAAUGGACAUCCCAAUGUUAAAAGAUUUCAUCAAUGCACUAGUCAUAGACAGUCUGACCUACGCUCUCGUGGAUCCUGGGAGGAUCGAGAUUCCUCUAAACAGUGUUGACACUGAGGAACUGCUCAACGCUCCAAGAAAAUCUACUUAUGCUAAUGGAGUGCUGACGCUGACUGUAAAGGGAGGUUUACCUCAAAAAUUUACAGAUGACCAAAUCUUCACAUCGUUCAAGUUGGCGGACCAGGACGAAAUCAACUCGGAGAAGAUUCAGGGUGGAACAACAUGGGAGGGUUCUUUCUCGUUUCUUACCUACGACUUGGCCAACGAGCAUAUGACUAUUGAAGUUCGAGGUAAGCGAGUGUUUGGUACCAAGUACGUGCUGGCCAAGUACAAGAUCUUUUUGAAUAGUCUUAACCUCGAGAAAAAGAAGAAAGUUGACACGGCGCUUGAGAAGGAAGGUAUCAAAGGAUCGCGGCUCGAGGUAACAAUGGAAUAUACAGCACUAGAUCACAUCGACGUCAGCAGUCGAACAAAUGAAAAAGAAUUUCUUGAAAAAUACAACAUGAAUGAUCCUGUUAAUGAAGUUGCUGGUGUUCUCCUAGUCGUGUUGCACAGUGGAGCACAGCUCUUGUCUAUGGAUGCAGAUGGCUACAGCGAUCCUUACUGUAUCAUAACCGCAAACAAAGAAAAAAUCAAAACUACUGCGCAUGUGCAAGGAACAGUUAAUCCAGUGUGGGACUCUACAACAGAGUUCUUUGUCAAGGAUAUUACUAAGACAAACCUAUUUUUUCUGGUUUACGACCGUGAUCGCAAUUGGCAGGGACUGUCUGACGACUUCAUGGGAUCUUGUUCUUUCAACUUAUCAAAGGAGGAGCCAGCGAAAAUCAAGAAAAAGUUAAACCUGAAGUACAAGGUCUUCGGUAAGAAGCGGUCAGAGGAUUCAUUCAUGGACGCAGGCACGAUCCUGGUUUCAGCUGUGUUCAGACCAGUAACAUCCGUCAGCAAAUCAGCCAAAGAGGGCGACUUGACUUCCAUCGACAACGGAGACGUCAUUGAAGAUAUCAACGAACACGCCAAGAAACACACGCUGAAGAGUAGCAUGAAAACGAAAAGGCAAAUCGAAGAAAUGAUGCUCAUCAAAGAGCGAGGAGUACUCGUGGUUACUCUACUACAAGCUAAAAAUCUUGUAUCCAUGGAUAGCAAUGGGCUCAGUGAUCCAUUUUGUGUCGUGCGUGUUAAUAACUCCAAGAAAUUCAAGACAAAAGUAGUAUACGAGAGCCUUGCUCCUGUGUGGAACGAGUCUGUAUCUAUUGCCAUGCCACAGGGAAAUGACAAGCUGAUUGUUGAUAUGUUCGACAAAGACGUUUUUCAGAACGACUUCAUGGGAUCUGUAACAUUUUCUCCAGAAGAGAUUGAAGAACUCUCAAAGAAAACUAUUCCUGAAUGGUACAAACUGAAAGAUGUUGAUACGGGAGAAAUUCAGAUAAGACUAAAGAAAUGUAAACCUGGGGAACAGGUUCCUGACGUCGGUCAAGAUGUGGAUGAGGUCAACCAGGCACAAGGAGAAGGAGAAGCAGGUGACUCAGGAUUUGGCGAGUCAUCAGAAGCACAACCCGAAGAAAAAGACGCUCUUGAUAUGGCAUUGGAUAAUAUUGAGACCUACGCCAAUGAGGAAGGACCACCGGUCUACUAUAGUGUAUCGGGGGAAAUCAUCCAAGCGUCUGAUAUCAAAGGCUGGGGAGAAGUUCACAUCAAAGGAAGAGCAGAGAUACCUCGUAAGGGCAGAAAAGGAACCAUAAAGUAUGAACAAGUUCAAAUCCUUACCACUCCACCGCUCGCUCCUGAAGGAGGCUUGGUUAAAUGGAACCAUAUUUUCCAGACGUCAGGUGGUCAAUCCAUUUCGAAUGAAGCAGUUUUGGUGUUCGAGCUGAGAGACGCAAAGAAGAAGACACAGGGAAUAAGUAAAAUGACGAUAAAAGAGUUUUUCAAAGGUCAUCACUUAAAGAAAACAAAGUCAUCGAGCGGCACCGAGGAGAAGUGCUCCGUAACUAAGUGGCUCAAUUUUGAAUAUGACGGGAUGCCCGCUGGUAGUCUACAACUCAUGUUAUCCUACUCAGAUGUUCCCGACGCACCAAUCGCGCCCACCAAAUUCAAAAGGAAAUCACUUCUGAAACGAAUCUCGUCUAACCCUACUAUUUGACUUCUGUCCGAGUCACAUGAUUAUGCCACGCUGUAUAGGUCACGCGGUGUAGUUCAGGUGAAAUAGGUCACGUGGCACAAGUCACGUGGCGUAGGUCACGUGGUACAAGGUCACAUAGCAUAAGCCACAUGGUAUGGCCCAAGUGGUAUAGGACACAUGAAAUAUGUCACGUGUUAUCGGUCACGUGGUAUAAGUCACGUGGUAUAAGUCACGUGUUAUAUGUACGCUUCAAAAGUUGCACAAAAUCGUUUAAUAACUAUUUUGAGUUUAGUAAUAUUUGUAGUUAACAGUUUUUUUUUAUACGAAUGAUAGAAAUAUUCAGGCUCCUGAGUGAAACAUAAGGUACUGACUAGCAGCACGAGCACGGCCUCAAAGGACAUAAUACUGAUUUUCCAUAAGACAGUAUGUUUCCCACUGACACGAUAACCAUUCUAGAAUGGUUAUCGUGUUAGUGGGAAACAUACUGUACUCACUUACACAGCCUGGUAUGUUGUAACAUUGGAAAGGCUUUCCAUUAUCUUCCAGCAAUAGUAGACAGUCUCUUUUCGAAUUACCGUUCAAAUACCUCAUUUCAGUGUCGAAUUUAAAUAUUCACAAAUUCCAAACGGUAAAGUAAAGAAUGCACAACCUCAAGAAUAACGCGCACUUUGACAUUUUUUCAUAGACCUUGACUGGAAAACAUGAAUAUUCGAAGUAAUUUCACACGAAAUCAGGGCUAACCCUGUAGAAAAGAGAAUUCGAAACUGGAGUAUUCAUCCUUUUUUAACACCUUGAACAAUUAUUCACAUGUCUCUAUCAUUGCAAGCUAACCGUUCGUCUCGCUUCGAUACAAAGGUACGGUUACCUUUCAAGAUGGCGCAGGGAACUGUGAAGGGGAGUAUUGUCCCUUUAACAACUACGAUCCCAUGAUCACUGAAACAAAACGAUAAAUGUCAUUUCCAUAACCACGCAAACUCUGUACCUGCGACCUGCACGCUGAAAUUUGGUUUUUCGCUGGCGCCAGUCAAAAAUAUGAAAGGUACUGACUGAUUAGGCCCCGUCCACACGUAUCCGGAAACUUUUGUAUCCGCAAAU